UCCGCUCGCCCGGACGCGCCGGAAGUGCCGUCAGGGGCCCGGAAGUGGCGUCAUCGCUGAGCCCGGCGGAGGUGACGUGCCGGGACGGAGGGAGCGGGCCCGGCCCGGGCCGGGAUGGACCCGGCGGCCGAGCACCGGCAGCAGCUCCGCAGCCUGCGGGACUUCCUGCUGGUCUACAACCGCAUGACCGAGCUCUGCUUCCGCCACUGCGUCUGCAACCUCAACUACCGGCUGCUGACGGGCCGCGAGGAGUCGUGCCUGGACAGCUGCGCCGCCAGGCUGGUCCGCGCCAACCACCGCCUGAUGGGCGCCUACGUGGGGCUGGUGCCGGCGCUGCUGCAGCGGCGCGCCGCCGAGCACGGGGCUGCGGCGGGGCCGCCCGCGCUGCCGGCCUCCGCUGAGCCGGCCCCGGGCCCCGCGGCGCCCUCGGAGGGCGCUCCCGCUGCCGGCACGUAGCGGCAGCCGGCCGCAGCUCCCCGCGGCCGUCGGACGCCCCUGGCAGCAGCCCGGCCCCGUGGCAGCCGGAGCGGCUGCACCCCUGCUGCCCGGAGCCCCGGGCUGCAGCAGCGUUGCACCGGGCCCCGGGAGCCCCCAGCAGCGGCUGCGCUGGGCCGGGCACCAGGGCUGGGGCACAGGAACCGGGGCAGGGCCCCCAGCCCUCCUGGUUGUGCAUUUCUGGGAAGUGGAGUGCGAGUACCAAUAAAACAUCUUCACAGGAA